CGAAAGAUUUGAUGGUUACCAAGAAUGUAGGCUUUCUGAACCCAGAUUUAGUACUAAACAGCCUGAAAAUGACUCUGAAUUAUCAAAAAAUGAAGCGUGCUCUAAAAUUAAGCUGAGAAAAAUGGAACCAAAGAGAAUCUUAGCAGCUAGGGACCAAAAAGAGUCAGAAAUGCUACAUCAGAAGGCCUGGAUUUCUGUUUAUAAUAUGUCCUUUGAUCGAUACAAUUUUUAUGAGCGUAGCUACAUAUUGGAUAUUGAUUAUGCCCAGCCUAAAUACUUCGAUGUUAUGAAGAAGAUGAAGUCCUUGACUAUACCUUCCGUGAAUAGAGUCUAUGUGCUCAAUGUAGAAUUAGAUAGAAAGAACAAAGAUGUAUUUUUCGAAAAGUGAUUUCCAAGCUGAAUUUUAUGGUUUGAAGUAUCAUUUAAUUGUCUAACAGAUCUAAGUAAAUUGCUUCUAAGAUUAUCGAAGGUUAGUUACAAAAUUAUGAAACAAAUCACGUUCACAAAACUGAACAUUAAUGAGUCUUAGAUGAAGAAACUCUUCAUGCUAGUAAGACACAUCGUGAGCGUCAAACUGAGUUUCUGUAAACUCAGCUUCACCAGAGUCAUUAAUUUAGCCUCAUGCUUAAAAGAAACUGCUAUUAAAGAUCUUCACAUCUCUGAUUGUGCUGGGGAAAUGUUAAGCGACUGGGUGAAUAAGCCUGAUAGUUUCUCCAACUUUAUUGAGAGUCUCUCUAAGUCUGAUUUGAAAAGUUCUUUAAAGAAAGUUUUUGUUCAUGAAGCCCAGUUUGAAAGGGACUUUGCUAAGCAAGCAAUUUUGAAGAGUGAGUUAAAACAUGUCACUUUUAUAAUAAAUUAG